CUUCCAAGUCUCCCCGAGCGAACACAACAACAUCCACAAAAACAACAGCGCAACAACAACGACAACAAUCGAAGCGCAACAACAACAACCAUCAUGUCUUGUUCUGUUUGGAUUAGGCUCUACAACAAGGGAGAGGAGACCAAUGAUCGUGAUCCUGUAGAAAUCAUUCCAAUUCCAAGGAACAUUGGUGCCUUGAAAGCAGCGGUGCUGCCGAAGCUCAGCCCUGCGUUGCUGGGUGAAGUUUAGGUGUACGAGUAUGCCCCAGACACCGAACAACCUUUUUCUGAACAGACUUCCAUUAGGGGAGACAAGAUAUUGAAAGAGCUGAUUGAUGGAUUGGGGAAUAAAAUCCUCGAGUGUCGAUUGAUUAUGAUCAUCCCUUGGUUGUGGUGGCACCCGCUCAGAAGCAGCUGGCCCCACCUCAUAAAAAGCAAAAGGUUGCAUACCAGUUUGGGAAAAAAUUUGAUCGCUUCGCUGAGUACGUGGACGGCUCCAUCAACAACAUUGAAGAGACUGAUAUUUAUGAGCGUGAUGAUGUUGAACGAGAAAUCUUGAGUUGGUUAGAGCCCAUGAAGGCAUCUCCAAAGCCAAAAUGUGCUACCAUUUGGUCUGGAAGAGGCAGCGGAAAGACUUCGCUAAUUCGAAAGAUAACCACGUCAUCUAAUCACUUUCAGGCAGCACGAGAUUGUGGUCGUCUGAUGAUCAUUGAUGCUAAAAGGGACAAUGUUGGACUGAUUCCAGAAGUACUCAAAAGCAAUGCAGAAGCAACUGACAGGUUUCUCAUCGCCCUUGUUGGGUAUCACUUGUGCAGGAUCUUUGGGGACACUUCCAUUGAUGGAGUCGAGUUCACGAGCACAGCAACUGUCGGGGAUAUGUGGAAUAGUGAGAGUUUGCCGUCGUCUUUGGUGGGAAAAUUGGAUUCAAUCAGAAGUGGAAAACAAGCCUAUGACUGGUGGAAGAGCUGCACCAAAGGCUUCCUCAGUUCUGAAGAAGGGGAUGGGCCAAAUCCCAUUAUUUUUAUUGAUACUGCUGAAGUGCUAGCUGUUGUCAAUGACAUGCACACUCCAAUGAACUCACCGAGCAGGAACAAUCCUGCAUCAAGAAUCAAGGACUCAGCUGCUGAACUCCAUGUUUCUACCAGUGACGGUGAGAACAUGCCAAUGCCAUCUAAGCGCAAGCACCAAAGCUCGCCAACAAGGUAUCUUGCGCUCGAGUGGCUUAUGAUGCGCAUUCCAAACAAUCACACCAUAGUUGCCUUCGGGACGGGACAAACACGAGAACUUCCGGCACCUUUGGAUUUUCAAACACAUGUGAAUCACAAGCGCUUGGCUCCCUUGAAUGCCUUGUCCGAGGAGGCGGCCACACGCCUAUAUUGUCGCUACAAACAUAACCUACAAGAGGGUCAAGAAGUUACUAACCCCCUCAAAGAUCUAGUGGACGAACAAAUCAGAUUUGUUCGAACGGUUUAUGCGGUAACUGCAGGAAUCCCGCGCAUGGUUGUGCAGGCGUUCUCUUCGAAGAAACACUCUCUGAUAGCACCAAGGCAUGGGAAUUGGGAGAAUGAUGUGCUUGAAUUGUACAAGGAUGUCUCUGAGCCGGUGAGAGAGGGGAAGCUAACUGUCGAAUGCCUGGCCAAAGCAAUUCUAAUUUCAGCUGUGUGCGAUGUUGAGCUGAAAGAAGGCACAUUCAUUCCUGGGGAAAAGGUCACAUGGGACAAUCUUCGAUGGUGGUCAAUUGCUUUUCUUGCAGGCAGAGAGGGUGCCAAGAAGACAGGGCACUACUGCAGGAUCCCGCGCCUACUGUGGCAUAAAGAAGCGGACACAAUUCAUCAAUGGGUCCAGAGUGAAUGUAAGUUCAAUGUGCAUGACCUUCUGCCAACCAUCCAGCAGCUCUACAAAUGUGCUGCUGCUACAUCAAGCGGACUUGCAUGGGAAAAGACAUUCGCCAGUGCACUGGUGGCGCGUUUCUUCAGCCUGUGUUGGAUGAAGGGGCUAGACCCCGGAAACACCUACAUCGGCUUGGACGAAUUGCUCCCACAACAAGAGGAGAAUUUGGCUGCCAUAAAGACCCUCAAAAGAGUCGAGGUGUGCCUUGUUAAUGGCAUAAGUGCAAAUGCCAAGAAGGAGGUGUUUGCAACCAAGGCGAUACUUGACGAACGAGGAUUUGAUUCAAAAGCAAUUCAUGCAAACUGGGAGCAUAAGUCAGCCCACCAUGACUUGAUCCUGCCUGUCCGCUUCAAGGGUGACAGUGAGGAUCACAUGCUCUAUGCUGUGUCAGCUAGGAAUGGACACCACAAGACAGAGAAGGACCUUCUGGACACAGAACAACACCUUGUGAAAAAAGCUGGUUCCGGAGAGAGGAAGAGAAGGUUGAGGGGAUCAUCCAGGCCCUCAAUCCAAGGCGGAAUCAAUCUGGAAGGAAGCUGGAAAAGGAGUUCAAAGAUCUGACAGAGAACGAGAAGUAUGCAGAGGUCGUAAUCACAGAGGGUCAUGUUCAUUAUGUCUUGGGCUGCUUUUCUUGAGACCCUGGAACCGAUUCUGCCAUUCUUGUGUUUGUUGCUUCAAGGUAUUGGAGUAGAAGAUAUCGACAAUGCCCUCUCAAUAUUGUGGACAAAGUAGCAUUCUACUAUGGAAAAUGAAUCUUAAUGUCAUGUAGGGAGUUAGGAUAGAAGACAGCAAAAAGAAGGCAGAAGUGGGUCGAUCGGCCUCUGGUGGAUUUACUAUAGUCACUAGUCCCUCCCGUGACUGCGACCUCACACAAACCAGUCAACAAUCAACCAAAUCCAUAAGCCGAACCUACGAUAUUAAAACUCUCACAUUUCUCUCACUGGCCCCUUCAGAGACUAGCAAACGAAAGAUCCUGCCCCUGUAAUCAUUUUUAGGGCUUGGUCUUCCAGGUAUGAAUGAGCUUUUCUACGCUUAGCAGUCAACGGUGCAUUUUAGGCGACCGGACUGACUCGACUUGACAGGAUUCAUGAACCUUUUCAAGCCGAAAUUCAAAUGAUCUGCCCAGAGCCUAGAGAGGCACAAAGAGCAAGUCUCCAUUGGUGGCUCUCCUUUCCAGUUCUUCGGUUGUUUGUUGUGCGUCGCUGGGGCGACUUCCUUGCCCCUGGUCCGUGUUCUGUUCAAGAAUAUUUGGAGUCGGUGGCUGAACCUGCUCCGCCGUCGCAAUGGCUGGUUGUGCAGUCGGUUGCAUGGUAUUGUCGUUUGGGACUUGCGCUGUGCGUACAGCGUCCAUUUCCUCUUGUAACUCCUCCAUGGCUCGUCGAGCUUCUUGUAGCAUGGCCAAGGGUGCCUUGUUGUGCCCUGAAAACUUUCCAUAACACUCGCCUUCCACCAGUCCAACACCCCAGCCACGACUCUUGACAGCUUUCUCUGCAAGAGCCAAUAUCGACGAAAAGGAGUCCGUCAAAGAGGGUGCUUCCACCAAGAGACCGUCAAUCAACUUGGCUCUGACGAUCCACCCUUGAGACUGGACAAGAUUGCUCACCGACGUCCAGAUCUCACGUUCGCAGGCUUGCAUAAUUCGUACCAUGCUGAUGUUGGGAAUGGUGGCAGGGGCAUAGUCGUGGGAUGCAAGGAGUGCUGCUUUGUCGAGUUGUACCCAAGCGUAUUGUGGAAGAGUCACGACAAGAUCUCGCAGAGCCCUCCACUCGGUUGUCAAUCGCACAAUGAAUGUCUGCAGCGACAACAAACUCUCAUCUGUAGAUGAUGGCAUGGCAAUUUCCGUCUGUUCCUCCAUUGCCUGCUUCCACGUCUCAUAGGUGCCUCCUUGCAAGAGUACUUUCGGCAGCAGUUGUGCCUGAGCUGGAGAAAUGCCAUCAUGAACUCCUCGGAUGAAAUUGUUCCAUGCCGUCGCAUGCUGACGAUAGUCCAGCCAAGACGGAAUCAAGCUGGUAGCUUGUGCCAUUCCUGCCAAACUGCACAAAAUACCGACUGCCAUGUCGCUCUCAUCACACUUGAUCCAAUGCGCAAAGGAUGCCACCAAAGCGUUUCGAAGAUCUCGCGGCAUGGCUUGCAGCGUGAGCGGUCGAGGAGCGUAAGAUUUGAGCGAUGCAUCGGGCGGCAACGGCGCUGGAUGGAGCGCAAAGAGCCGUCCACGCAUGGAAGCAUCGAGCGGCUGAUAGUCGACCUGAUAGACAACACUUUUACUUUUCGUAGGAAUGCCUUGGACAAGGUCCAGCAGGUCCUUUGCCAUGUCGUGUGUCAUUUGUGCGUACAGCAGCUUGUCCAAUACAUCUUGCUGCGCCUUGGUUCUCUGCGACAAGCCCCGUAGCUCUUCUAGGAAUUUGGUUCUGUUCUUUUGAUCACGUCGAAACUGGGGCAGAACAUGAC